AUGUUGAGAGACAUUGUAAAACAGUGUGCAGAGAGAGGCACAGUGUAUGCAUUUAAACCACCCACUCGACCAACACUUCCUACCAUCUGUUUUAUACCCGGGUUUAAAUCAGAUUUUGUCACUUCCAAAAAGUCACUUACUGUGUAUGACUAUGCAGUCAACAGUGGCCUGGGCUUUCUCUCAUGGAACCAUGCAGAUGGCUCAGUGUAUGAUUGGUAUCAAGACAGUGUAUCGUUCAUUCAAACACAUACCAAAGGCCUCUCUUACUUGGUUGGAGCCAGUUGUGGUCUAUGGAUCAGUCUGUUGGUUGCUAAGCAAAUGCCUGUACAAGGGAUCUUGGGUAUUGGAGGAAGUGUUAAUUUUACUGAACGAUGGCUAAUGAACGAGCUAUCAGAAGGACAGAGAGAUAUGAAUUAUAUAUGGAGAAGACCCUCACCCUAUGACCCAAAGGGAUAUUAUGACAUACCUGUCUCGUUUUUGUUAGAGUCAAAAAGGGCACUAAUCACCGAUUACAGUGACAUUCAGUGCGAAAGAAUCAUCAUGAUUCAUGGUGUACAUGAUAGAGAUGCUCCCCUUGAAUGUGCCAAGCAAAUAUCCAACCGACUAGGUAAACGAGCGUUACUUUAUCAAGUGGAUCAAGGCGAUCAUCGUCUAUCAAGUGAAAAGGAUCUUUGUUUUUUACGUGAAAAGCUACAUGAACUUGUAUCAAAUGAAUAA